AUCAGCAGAAGGCAAGAGAGGCGGCAGCGUGUUUCUCUCACCGGUGUCUCCUUUCAGUGACACUUCCUCCCUAGGGGGUUAGUCAUUUAUAGUUGAAGCUUGGAGCACAGCUGGUACCCCAGGGUGUGUAAUGUCACGUAGGAGUUUCGAUUAUUUUAAAAUAUAUUACCAGACACAAAAAAACAAGUCUCAUUGUCCCCCGCCGCGCCUACCUUUGGACGGUCAGUAGCGGGCUCUCUUUGGUCAGUGUCGCUUGCACUCGGAGGCUGGCUUUUUGCUUUGGGACACUCGGAGGCUGGCUUUUUGCAUUGGAUAUGGGUGAAAUCUGCUCAAGGCGCGGGCAAUGACACAUGUAACAGGAUGAUGGACAAGGACGCUUUGAAGGGAGUCUUCUCUCUGUCAGUUGCAUGGUGUUUUCUGGUCUCAGUUUCUGGAAAGGUAUGUGUCUGUUUUAUCUUUCAUCGUCACUUUCGUUUUCUGUUUGCGAGGGGAUAUGAAUUGACAACAGAAAGGUAAGCAGGUAACUCACAUAUAACCUAACCAAAUUCCUUACGAUUUACAUUAAUUUGGGAACAUGUAGGUAGGUUAUAGACUUCGCGUAGUCUAUUGGCUAUGUAACAUACACCUAUGUGUAAUUGCAAAAUAAAUGCUGUGAGUGGUACCUUCCCGUGUGCCAGUAAACCCGAAUUCUGAGGUUAAACAAUCCAAAUUGGGUCACACACAUUCACCUGAAUAUUCACCUGAAUGUAUCCUAUUAGGCCUGCUCUACUGCUGCAGUGGAUCAUUGUUGAGCUUUCGCUUUUAUUUUUCUUCCAAUUAUUUUAUAGUGCCAUAUGUAUGCUACAUUUCACUAAGGACUUUGAUCCCAAGAAAACUUAAGAACCAGCAAUAGCCUUUAGCCUACCCUUAUCAGUUUGUUUUAUUGGGCCAGACUAUCACCUUAUCCUCAGCAAUUAAACUUGGCUUGCUGUUGUCAUAAGGUAGCCCAUCCUAAUAUACUGUAAAUACAGUAUCACUUUGUAAAACAAUUUGGAGAAAUAAAUGACGAGCUUUUCUAAAUACAUUUCUGAAGACUGACUGUGUGUGCUAAAGCCUGCACAUUAAGCGCACACAUCAAUUGGUAAAUACAACGAUGCUCUACUGUAUAAAUUCGGUUGAAUAGGACCCAAUUAUGUUUGUUCUCCGCCAGCGAUGUCAUUAGAUGACGAGAUAUAUUUUGGUCAAACCGCAACAUCCCUUGCGGGGGUCGUGCGUCAGAGUUAUCUCAUCAUGCGUUUUAUAGUCGUUAAAGCCACGCACACUAAGGUGUUUAAGAGUGAGCCACCAAGAAAAUGUUCAACAAUGGGGCAAAUGCAUUCAAUGAUAUCGUCAUACUUCCUUGCAAAUUAGCAAUUGAUUUAAAUAGCCAAUGACAUUCCUUGAGAGCAACAUUUUUGUAAAACAUGGUUCGAGACUGUAGGCUACAUCAUUUUUAAGUGACAACAAAAGCACACACAAUGGAGUAAAAUGCAACGGUUGUAGGUUACUUGGUUGCACUUUAUAACUUUCAAUGUUAAACGCUAUAAAUGCUUACAAAUUAUAAAUGCUUAUGAACUGUAAUGUUGAUUAAAUGCUUAUUCAUGUUUAUAAAUGUUUACAAAUAAUGAAAUACUAAUUUAUUAAUGUGUAUAAGCUACUAUUUAUGAAUAGUUUAUUAAGUCUUAUUAAUGUUAUUAUAAAGUGUUACCCAUUGACAACAGUGAAUUCAUUUUUAAAUAGGCUAAGGAACUACAGCAUCUGGUCCUUUCCCCCAACAAAUCCUUUUCGAGAACUCUAGCUUCUAGCUGCCCCUGUCUCCAUUAGAUUGACAGAUGCAAUUAUUCGAGUUCUGAUUAAGGUGCAGCUGUUUCCCAUGCAUGACAGUAUUGCUUUUAGUGGCCUGAGUGGGGAUAGUGGUGCCAUAAAGUAGAACCCUUUAACUUAACCCCUCAAUCAUUUAAUUGCUUUCUGCAUAGACAUUCUAAGCGAUGCCACCUGCUCCCGGCCUCAGUGGUAAAAAAGUAAUUGAAAACAGAAGAGAAGAGGGAUAAACAUGGUUAACACAGUGUAACAAUGCUUUUCACAGAUCUACAGAAUAGCAUAGAUAGGUUAUAGAGUAAAACCAUAUUUCUACAAGUAGGCUACAAUAUAAUACUAGAGAGAGAAAAAGUUGUUGUGUAUGAAGGCUGCAAACAAUCUGACAGGCUACUUAUGAACAGGCAUCCAUAACCUAAUGUGGAAAACUUGGUCUAAAUUAAAUAGGCCUGCAGCGUCAUAUUCUGUUGUCUUUUUUGUUGUUGUUGCAGGUCAUCUCUCAAGAUGGCUACCUAAAUGCUCUGCAGAGUGCAGGUAGACACCUCUUUUCCUCUUCCUCUUAUUUCUAAUAGGUCUUGAUUUCAUCCAUCCAUCAUUGUGAUUCUGCCAAGUCAUCCAAGGACAUGGAUGAAUGACUCAGCAGCACUAAUUUAAUAGCCUAAAUCAGGGAUGGGCAACUCCAGUCCUCGGGGGCCAGACUGGUGUCACACUUUUGUCCCAGCUAACACAGCUGACUCCAAUAAUCAACUAAUCAUGAUCGUCAGUUUAGAAUGCAAUUCAAUUAAUCAGCUGUGUUUGCUAGGGAUGGGGAAAAAGUGUCACACCACUCUGGCCCCCGAGUUGGUCAUCCCAGGCCUAAAUGAUCAACCUAGUGGGAUGAUGUGGGGUGUGGAUGUGAGAUGGCGAAAUGUUGUUUCAGCAAGAUUUCACAAUUUCAAAUAAAAAGCUUGAAAAAAAGCCUCCCUCCUCUGCUAAAUACGUUAUCAGCAAGUCCUUUGAUGUCACCAGCACUGCUGAUAAUCAGAAGGUGAUUCUAAUUGAGCCCCUGAAGGAUGGGAUGAAAUUCAGGCAACAAUCAACUCCCUCAUCAGUCUCUCUCUUUUGUUCUUUCUCUCUCUUCCAUUCUCGCUCUCUCUCUUUCCUUUUCUCUCUCUCUCUUUCCUUUUCUCUCUCUCUCUUUCCUUUUCUCUCUCUCUCUCUCUCUCUCUCUCUCUCUCUCUCUCUCUCUCUCUCUCUCUCUCUCUCUCCUCUCUCUCUCUCUCUCUCUCUCUCUCUCUCUCUCUCUCUCUCUCUCUCUCUCUCUCUCUCUCUUUCUCUCUCUGUUUAACAGUGGAAGAGGUCUGCUGGGAUUGUCACUCUCUUUAUCCACGGACAAAAGACACAUAACCAGCCCCCCACCCCCCUCCAUGAUUGUCUCAUGUUUAAGCUUUCAUUUAUGGAAAUGAGAGUGGCCCUGAUUUAAGAGCCCUGACAUAAUCUCUGAUAGACUCCCACUCUCCAUCAACCAGAUACUGUAUGUCUGUCUGGUCCUUGUCUUUGUGAAGUGACUGUUAUGUUAUGAGGUCUCAACCAGUCUGGCUCUUAUAGGUUGUUUCCGUUUGUGGCUCAACUAUAGACACCCAUUGGGGAUAGAAUGCAAGCUAUGUUAAGAGACUAUAGAGCUUAGUUAAACUGGGACGGACAGUGAGACAGUUUUAUGACACCCACGUGCAUACUGAGUUUCUUUCUCUCAAAGAAAAAAUUCAAAACAAUUCCACCUAGUCUAUCAAAGAUCAAGAUGGAGCUAUUACCAUAUUGCUCAUACCUAUCCAAUCCUUUUAGAUCUACAUGAAGUGACCAGGGUUUGGGACAAGGGGUCAAUCUGGAAUUGGGCAAAGUAUUGCUCCUUCAAGAUGUAUUUUCUCUCAGGCAUCAACCCUCUCCAGUCUUAAGUCACUAAGCCUGUGCGAAUGCGGACCAGCAGUCCCUCAAACAAACACAGACAGGGGUUAGGCCACUCGCUGGGCGAGUGUAGAUUUGCAAGGGAUCACUCACAGCUGUUAAUGUUUAUCCAGCGACACCUCAAAGGACUUGCCAUCCUUAAUCCACUGGUUUAGAGCGUUCAUGAGGAGGAGUUUAGGUGCGUGAAGAGGAUAUCUUCCUUUCCUGGCUGGACCCCAGUGCCCAUUUCCACUUACCUCCACUCUCCUAAGGGUUUAACACUUGGCUCUAGAGGAAUGUUAGCACGUCUCUCCUUCAUAUCCUAUACAGUACGCACACACCAUGGGCUGAGGUACUGCCAUAUCAGUUACACAUCACAGGAAGCAUGGGCCUAAAGGUAAAGAUUAUCCUACUUCUACUAAAGAUUGAUUGUUUGGCAGAUAAGCGCAUACAUAGCCCAUUGAAAAGGGGCUAUGUCAUAGUUGAUCUGGAUUUGCUUUAACUGACAUUCUCAAGCAAAUGUCUCCAUUAUUUUCAUGAUGUAUUACCAGACAUUGAUCCCUUGGAAAUGCAUGGGUUAUUUAUGGACUAAGUUCAGUGCUGGCUCUGGCUCUGGUUGCCAUUAAAUGUCUGCCUCUGCAUUAAACCACAGACCCUCCCCCUGUUUAAAACUCAAUCUGUGGACCAGAUGAAUGUGUUUAUUGGCCCACUGUUAUUCAUUGUGAUGGGUCAUCUUUACAAGUUUUCAGGUUGUCUGAAGGUAGCCCGCCACGCUCUGUGACUCAGCAAAGCAGACCUACACAAAUACUCUGGCCCCUGCACUGCAGCACCGUGCUGUCAGUCUGACCAGCCAGGUGGCUCACUCCUUUACCUCCGAGGAGAGAGAGAGAGGUGGAACCAAAAGAGAGAGAGACAAAGGAGAGGAAAUUGUGUGAACGCCUGCCUGAUUUUUUGUGACUUAAUUAUAAAACUCUGCUUUAAUCCCCCCAAUCACUUCGUCUCACAAAAAUGUGUAUCGCUAUACUGUAUUAACUAAGCUUCAACAGAAGCUCAUCCUUUGAUUAACCCCUUGUAUCUGAAUGUGUCUCUCCCUAGCUCCUCUGUCCUGUUCAGAAGGCUUCACUGAACUGGGCUACUACAACGGCUCUGUGUCUCAGACUGACUCUGGCUCGCCCUGCCUGAAGUGGACAGAGUUCCCAGACUACGUCCUGCAGUACCCAAGCCGGGGGCUGGGCGAACACAGCUACUGCCGCAACCCUGACCGUGAGUCCAACCCCUGGUGCUUCUUCCGCCAGAGCUCUGGAGCCAUCGGCUGGGCCUACUGCGACUGCCACCAGGGUGAGGAUUUACCGACUGAUACUUACUUCAAGGGAAUCAAUACUGCUGGGUAACUACCUGGAACCAGAUUAUUAAUAGUAGUGUAUGAAUUCCAAAGACACCAAAAAGUAAUUGCUAGGUAUCUUUGAAUCUUUGCAGUGGUUUUGGGGUGAUCAUGUUGCUCUGGCAGGAGAUCUAUGUCUCUGACUGUCUAGGGAAGCUACAGUGCAUUUGGAAAGUGUUCAGACCCCUUCACCUGUUCCACAUUUUGUUACGUUACAGCCUUAUUCUAAAAUUGAUUAAAUAAAAACAUUUACUCAUCAAUCUACAGACAAUACCCCACAUAAUGACAAAGUGAAAACAGGUUUUUAGAAAUAUUUGCAAAUGUAUUAAAAAUCAAAACAGAAAUACCUUAUUUACAUAAGUAUUCAGACCCUUUGCUAUGAGACUCGAAAUUGAGCUCAGGUGCAUCCUGUUUCCAUUGAUCAUCCUUGAGAUGUUUCUACAACUUGAUUGGAGUCCACCUGUGGUAAAUUCAAUUGAUUGGACAUGAUUUGGAAAGGCACACAUCUGUCUAUAUAAAGCAAAAACCAAGCCAUGAGGUCGAAGGAAUUGUCCAUAGAGCUCCGAGAUAGGAUUGUGUCGAGGCUCAGAUCUGGGGAAGGGUACCGAAAAAUAUCUGCAGCAUUGAAGGUCCCCAAGAACACAGUGGCCUCCAUCAUUCUUAAAUGGAAUAAGUUUGGAACCACCAAGACUCUUCCUAGAGAUGGCCGCCUGGCCAAACUGAGCAAUCGGGGGAGAAGGGCCUCGGUCAGGGAGGUGACCAAGAAACCGAUGGUCACUCUGACAGAGCUCCAGAGUUCCUCUGUGGAGAUGGGAGAACCUUCCAGAAGGACAACCAUCUCUGCAGCACUCCACCAAUCAGGCCUUUAUGGUAGAGUGGACAGAUGGAAGCCACUCCUCAGUAAAAGGCACAUGACAACCCGCUUGGAGUUUGCCCAAAUGCACCUAAAGGACUCUCAGACCAUGAAAAACAAGAUUCUCUGGUCUGAUGAAACCAAGAUUGAACUCUUUGGCCUGAAUGCCAAGCGUCACGUCUGGAGGAAACCAUGCACUGCUCAUCACCUGGCCAAUACCAUCCCUACGGUGAAGCAUGGUGGUGGCCGCAUCAUGCUGUGGGGAUGUUUUUCAGCGGCAGGGACUGGGAGACUAGUCAGGAUCGAGGGAAAGAUGAACGGAGCAAAGUACAGAGAGAUCCUUGAUGAAAACCUGCUCCAGAGUGCUCAGGACCUCAGACUGGGGCAAAGGUUUACCUUCCAACAGGACAACAACCCUAAGCAUACAGCCAAGACAACGCAGGAGUGGUUUCGGGAUAAGUCUCUGAAUGACCUUGAGUGGCCCAGCCAGAGCCCGGACUUGAACCCGAUUUGAACAUCUCUGGAGAGAUCUGAAAAUAGCUGUGCAGCAACACUCACCAUCCAACCUGACAGAGCUUGAGAUGAUCUGCAGAGAAGAAUGGGAGAAACUCCCCAAAUACAGGUGUGCCAAGCUUGUAGCGUCAUACCCAAGAAGACUCGAGACUGUAAUCGCUGGCAAAGGUAUGUCUGCCUCUCUGUCAGUCGUCUCCUGUGUUUUCCACCUAUCCAUCAGGCAGCUGAUAUUGUUCUCUCUGUGACUCCCGCCCUCCUUUGGGAGUGUAAAGGCAUCCACAUACAUAGGAGCAAACCGAACCUAGCAGAAUUCGGCUAGGUGAAGUGAAAGUCUGCGCUCGCAUAUUCCCUAAAGACCUUUGCUUAAAAAACUAUCAAAAUGCCUGAAAAAUCAAGAAAUCUUUAAUUAGUUUUGAUGUUUUUGCUUAGUCGCGCAAUUUUACAUCUAGCUAAGAUGUUUGGUACAGUACUUCUCAAUUGAACAUUUUUGCAUGAAAACUAGUAGUGCACUGCAGACAGUAGGGCCUAGCUGCCGCUGUGCUCUCUCGUUGAAUGACAGCAAACACUUCAUUGAAGAAUCCCGCCCAUAGUUCCCACCCCUACUGUUGACCAAUCACAGACGAAGGGGCAUAGACUUCGGCUACCGAACUUCGACUUGCUUCAAGAAAUUUAUUUGUGUGCGCGAACAGCCUGAAAAAACCCCUGCCGAAUACCAAAACGUCAAAAAUGGCAUCAUAAUAUAUGCUCAAACUGUUUUGACUAAGAAACAUGUGUCAGCCUUUACCCUGCUUGUCCAUUCGUGUUAUGAUGAGUUUCUCGGUUAUCAAGUAAUCAAGGAUGUAAGAAUAUACUUAGACACUUUGUAGAAAGUUAAUGCAAAUGUUUUAUUAGUCGGUACCGGGUUAGAUACAACAAGGGCAGAGCUUUGCCUCUUGCUGUUUCCAACUGACUCUAACAUUUACAUUUUUACAUUUUAGUCAUUUAGCAGACGCUCUUAUCCACAGCGACUUACAGUUAGUGAAUACAUAUUUGUUUUAUACUGGCCCCCCGUGGGAAUCGAACCCACAACCCUGGCGGUGCAAACGCCAUGCUCUAUCAACUGAGAUCUGGAGACUGGCUAGGCCACUCCAGGACCUUGAAAUGCUUCUUACGAAGCCACUCCUUCGUUGCCCAGGCGGUGUGUUUGGGAUCAUUGUCAUGCUGAAAGACCCAGCCACGUUUCAUCUUCAAUGCCCUUGCUGAUGGAAGGAGGUUUUCACUCAAAAUCUCACGAUACAUGGCCCCAUUCAUUCUUUCCAUUACACGGAUCAGUCGUCCUGGUCCCUUUGCAGAAAAACAGCCCCAAAGCAUGAUGUUUCCACCCCCAUGCUUCACAGUAGGUAUGGUGUUCUUUGGAUGCAACUCAGCAUUCUUUGUCCUCCAAACACGACGAGUUGAGUUUUUACCAAAAAGUUAUAUUUUGGUUUCAUCUGACCAUAUGACAUUCUCCCAAUACUCUUCUGGAUCAUCCAAAUGCACUCUAGCAAACUUCAGACGGGCCUGGACAUGUACUGGCUUAAGCAGGGGGACACGUCUAGCACUGCAGGAUUUGAGUCCCUGGCGGCGUAGUGUGUUACUGAUGGUAGGCUUUGUUACUUUGGUCCCAGCUCUCUGCAGGUCAUUCACUAGGUCCCCCCGUGUGGUUCUGGGAUUUUUGCUCACCGUUCUUGUGAUCAUUUUGACCCCACGGGGUGAGAUCUUGCGUGGAGCCCCAGAUCGAGGGAGAUUAUCAGUGGUCUUGUAUGUUUUCCAUUUCCUAAUAAUUGCUCCCACAGUUGAUUUCUUCAAACCAAGCUGCUUACCUAUUGCAGAUUCAGUCUUCCCAGCCUGGUGCAGGUCUACAAUUUUGUUUCUGGUGUCCUUUGACAGCUCUUUGGUCUUGGCCAUAGUGGAGUUUGGAGUGUGACUGUUUGAGGUUGUGGACAGGUGUCUUUUAUACUGAUAACAAGUUCAAACAGGUGCCAUUAAUACAGGUAACGAGUGGAGGACAGAGGAGCCUCUUAAAGAAGAAGUUACAGGUCUGUGAGAGCCAGAAAUCUUGCUUGUUUGUAGGUGACCAAAUACUUAUUUUCCACUAUAAUUUGCAAAUAAAUUCAUUAAAAAUCCUACAAUGUGAUUUUCUGGAAAAAAAAUUCUCAAUUUGUCUGUCAUAGUUGAUGAUGAAAAUUACAGGCCUCUCUCAUCUUUUUAAGUGGGAGAACUUGCACAAUUGGUGGCUGACUAAAUACUUUUUUCCCCACUGUACAUUCCCUCUUUAUCUACUAUAAUAGCAUCCAAUGCUAUGUGAUUAUCACUUACAUAGUCUAAUGAGUAACAUCUCAGACCCAAUUGCUUAAAAACCCAUGAUUGUUAAAAGAUACAAUGUUCAACUCCGACUUUGUCCUCCUACUAUUCCUAAUAUGACAAACACAUUAUAACACUCUAUUUUCACUCCCUGUUAAAUCAUUACAUCCCUAAACUAUUCAUGCUUUAAGAAUUCUAUCAAAAUCAGAUCAUAUAAAAAUAUCAUAACCCCAUGAUAGUAACCAAUUAAGUACUUGCCUAUCAACAUAGAUAUUUACCACUCUAAACAUCCAUAUCAAUAUCACCCAAUACUUCAAAUGUAUAUAAUGACUAAAAGGCUAAUACGUUAACCCAAUUAAUCAACAUAUUCAUGAUUUCAUUCACAAUCCUCACAUUAACAAACAGUAUGAUUCAACAAUGUCUACUCAAAAUAAAUCAUAUAAGUGUAUCCUAAGACAUUACCAUAAUGUAUCACUGUUUUUAACCCAUAAUAUAUAUAUAAAACAUUUCUCAAUUGUACAAUAAAUAUCCUUCAUUCUGAAAAUAAUUAUACUAAUACAUACUAAUGAUUCACUUAAAUUACUCAUUCCUCUUAUAAAUUAUAACCAACCAAAUUACUUAACUCAACCUAAUUUAAAAUGACAAUCCUUAUUGAUUCACUUUAUCCUUAUCAAUGAAAAUUAAAACCCUCAACUUUAUCACCCAUUACAACUGUCAGAAUGUACACUUAUAUUAACAUACAGUAUAAACAUCCAUAAAUCAAUUAUGACUUUCCUCAUCCUGAUAAUAAAUACAGAUCAUUAUCUCAAUGCAUUCUUAAUACUAUUAAUUUAGCAGUGUAUAUACCUACUACCCAAAUUAGCAAAUUUAGAUUAAUCCAAUUUUAUUAUCAACACAGCUAAGCAACCCCUUUUUCUCCCGGCACUUAAAUCUUCUGGCGUCUCUUCAUUAUGUUCUUCAGACAUCUUCACAUUUCAAAAUGACUUGCCCAUGACAAUGUCACAACUACAAUGUCUCAUUCGAGUCACCACCAACUCCACAACCUCAUUUUUCUUGUCCAUUUGCCAACCAUUAUGCCCACAACAUAAAAAAUGUUGCAUUUGAACAUAUAUCUCUCCAUUAUCACUCAAUGGUGGACUCCUUUCCCACUCCUUCAAUAUAAUAACAUGAGAAAAUCCUUUGAUACCUUUGAUUGGUUGUUGUAGACAUGUUGCAUGUAGAAGUGGUAUUUUACAAAAACGUCUUCAACGCCUCUGAUAUUUAUCUUCAGCCGGUUCAUAAGUUUGUUACUUUUAUUUCUUUAGAUUCACACCAUGCUAGUCCAAAUUAUCCCUGCCAUGCAUCAAGACACCAUCUGUAUUUAUCUCACUAGAAGACAAACAUAACAUUUUAAUUGAUUACAUUUCUAAUCCAAUAAAUCCAUACAAUCAUUGACCAUAUGACAAAUUAUUAUGUUUUAACAAUUAUUCUUAAUACCAAUUUCUAAAUACUUCCCAAUUUCUGUUCACAUCGCUCUGUGUAGCGUCCUUCUUGCGUCGCACCAAUAUGGAUUCAAGAUUCACUGCUGCAACGAUACACAAGCAUAAACACAAAAACAAUGCUCCACAGUGGCAGUUCCAUCUUCCUCCUCUGAUUUUUAACACUCCUACCGUGGGACAAAUAUAUGCACAAAUCUCUCUAUCUAAUGUCACCUCCAUUGAGGUAGCCAGCAACACCUAGUACUAACCACUCCUUCUAGAUUCUGUCCAGCUCUUACUUUUGUAAUCCUCCACUGCCACAUAGUCACCCAUGCACAGAAAAUGCCCAGAUACUUCUUUCAUGUUGGCAGAGUUGCCUUCACCUUUUUGAAAGAAAGUCUGCAUAACAUUGUUAGUUGAGACACAGUAUGCUACUUUACGCAGUCUACUUAUCAAUCAGUCAGGAAAAGCCUUGAUUAGGAAGUGCACAUUCUUGCAUCUUGUUAUAGUCACUAGUUUCCAUAGACAUGCCUCCACUACAUUCUACCUUAUACCACAAAUACAUUUUCACCUAAAACAUUUAAUCUAACCCAUAACACAAUAAUUACUACUGCUCAUAUUCUUACUACAAUAUGCAAAUGUACCAAUAAAUCCUCUUACCAUCAUUAUUACCCCCUUUUCUGAACACAUGAGUCACAACGUGAUUCAUGCUUUCAAAAACAAAACACCAACAAUGUUUAUUAAACCAUAAUAAAAAUGAAAUAAAAAUGACAACAUUUGAUAAUACCUCAACUUACUUCUAUCCCGUAAAGUAACCCAAGAUUAGUACAAUUAACUAGCAACAGGUAUCCCCCAUUCAGGGAAAGCUCUCUCUCUCUUUUGAUAUUUUAUGGUUCGAAUCACAUAUAUUAUUACCAAAUUAUAAACUUCUUCACAAUUUUCAGUUUUAUAAAUUACCCUCAACUCGGUAAAAUAAACUAUCUUAAAGUCCUCUUCUCAUUGUCUUUAGAAUUACCAGUGUGGAUGAUCAAUUCACACUAGAAAGUCAAAACAGUGUUCAGAGGUCCUUGAAAUCAUUCAACGCAAUGUUCCAUCCUAUAGUAUACUAAACAUUAGAACCAUUCAAAACAUUUCAUAAAUGUUACUUAUCCCAAGUGUACAUUAAGUCCUCAUGACAUUUCUUCUCAUAAGAAAUCAUGUAUAUAAGCAAAACUCAAUCAAAAAAAAAAAACUCCAUAAAAUUCACUGUGUGUGCUCCUUUAAGACUUAUCACCUUUGACCUGUUGAAAACCCCCUAAAAUCAAAAUAACUCCUUAUAAACAUCAUACUAGGUGUGUUGUGUUUUAUUUGAAAAACCCAAUUGAAAACAACAAACAAAAAUAGCCAGGCCUUAAUUAAUUUGGUAGCUCCCUUUUACGACCUAAAACUGCCUAACUUCACUAAACUGCUCCCCCUAGCCCUGGGCAACAUUCCAAUGAGAUAAGGCAAUCCCCUUUCUCCUGGAAGAGAAAUUAUACAUUUUGUUAACAUUCAAUUACAAUCAAUAAUCCAAAAAUAGUAAGUACACACAAAACAUGAUACAGAUAUACACAGUCCUAUCUCAUCAAUAAUCGUUUGUAUCAAUCUAAUUACUCAUAACUACUCCAUAAAAAGAUUAUAUAAAAUCUCUCAAAAGAUGAAAACCACUCAUAUUUCUUGAGUAUACAAUGAUUAUGUUUAAUUGAUUACCGUUCAGAUCAUAUCCUCUUUAAAUCUCACAAUGAUUAUUGAACCCCUAAAUCUGCUCCAUGUGAAUUAGCCAACCGUCUGUCUUUGUACUGGUCUGUCAGCAACUUGCUUGUAUGUAGAUAUGCCCGUGUUGAGAUAUGUUUGCAUUAUCUGUCUGUCUCUUUUGAAUUCUCCCAAGCUUUCUCUUUCAAACGGUUAACCUUUCUCAGGGUUUGUAGCCGAUUAGAGUUAGGGUGUAUGUGCGUGAAUGUGUGUGUGUUUGUCUGGUGCGUGCCUGUCAGGUUGGAAUAUGUAAGUGUUACAAGACCCGCAAACCAAGGAUAAUGCAAUUAUCCUGAGAUAAUCACACCUGUUGGAUUUAUGGUUUACUUGGGAGCACUUUGUCGGUCUGUCUGUUUCUGAUGGGUGUGAGAGAGAGAUGUCCCACCUGUCAUUUCAAAUGAUUUCACAAUCUCUGGUGCUGUUCCAUACCUUAAUGCCCUCUCUCCUCUCCCUCCUCUCCAGGAGCUGCCAGGUUGUUAGGUGGGUCCUCCCCUCAGAGCGGGCGUCUGGAGGUAUACCUAAAUGGCCAGUGGGGGGCGGUAUGUGACACACACUGGACCGACCGCGAUGCCAGUGUGAUCUGCAAACAGCUUGGACUGGGGUGAGAGCUACUGAGAUACUUGUAUAACUGCUUCUUGUGUGUGUGUGUCAAAUUCUACCCUCCACUCCUGACUGUCCACCUGUCUUUCUCUCUCCACCCAUCCUGUCUUUCUGUCUGCAGUGAGAUCGGCACGGCCCUCCAGCACUCCUACUUCGGGCCUGGCUCUGGACUCUUCCACUAUGAACGCCUUGGCUGCCGUGGCAAUGAAAACUCUCUGCUGGAUUGCAGGAGUCGGAAGUUUGUCACCAGUGACUGUAACCAUGGCAAUGAAGCGGGGGUGGUGUGUGCUGCACCUGAAGGUGAGGGUGUUGGAGAUUUCAAAACAGCCAUUGGUAUAAAGCAUACAUUUCUCACAAGUGCUACACAUACAGUAUAAAUGUAGUACAUACUAUACUGGUAGGCCUAGUACACGUGUAGAGGUAUCUAAAGUUGUGGAGAGCCACUUCCCCUUUAGUUGAGUAAGACAGUGAUAGAGAGAGACUGUUGUCCCUCUCUCUUAGAGCUCCAGUGUCCUUCUCCCACCUCAGUCAGAGCUCCAUAACACAAACACUGCAUGGCUAGAACAAGAACAGUCUCUUCUGAUGUUGCCUGCCUAGUCAUUCACAUAGCUUUUAGAGCUCUCUGAGCCUGCCAGCACGCUCUCGCGGCUUCUACAGCACUCAUGUCAUGGCAUCCCAAAGGGGCAUAGGGAACUACAACAGCAGUGUGUGUGUGUUUGUGUGCCUCUGCGUGUGUGUUAGAAUGAGGGUACAGAGAGGGGUGCCCAGAAGAGCAGGCCCUGGUGAUAUAUUUAGCGUGGUGCAGUGAAUUAUUCAGUCUGGAACAUUAAGAGGGAGAGAGCUAUCUGAGAGCCCUGAGGCCCUGCUAGGGGGUUGGGAGAGGUCCCACAGGGCACACAUAAAGCCCCCCCUACCCCAAACAACCUCCCCACCUCCUCAACUUCUCUGCCAGGGUUGCUCACAUACUCAGAUUGCAUAACUGAUCCCCACCUCUUUCCUUCUCCCUGCAUCCCGCACAUACUUAUACUUGCUGUAGUUUCAAAUGACUUGCUGGAGCUUUGAACCAAACUGAGCCAGGGUUAGGGGUCACUGCGUUCCAACAGUUCUGUGGUUCAGAUCACUUUAUUUAUCAUGGCACUGGGCAAGAGGUUAUUUACAUUUGCAUUCAUCAAGGACACCAUAAGUGGACAAGGAGAUAACUUAGAAGAACAGUGGUUUCUAUUGUAACAUGAUGCUAACAUGUUCUGCCUAGUAACUGCUUUCUGCUGUAUUUCUCAGGCAAUGGCGCCCCCUUGAGGUUGGUAGGUGGCCUGGAGGACUUCGAGGGUCGUGUGGAGGUGUACCAUGAUGAGAGGUGGGGCACCAUCUGUGAUGACCAGUGGGAUGACAUCGAUGCUGAGGUGGUCUGUCGGCAGCUGGGACUGGGGUGAGCAGCACUGGGGUUCUGAUGGCUCAGUUGGUUGGAGCAUGGUGCUUGACUUGCAGGAAGCAUAUGGGUUAUUAAUGUGAUUCCCUCCGCUAAAUGUGACCCAGUUCCUAUGUAGGUAUAAACUAGAGGUGAAGCCCUAUCAGUGGUUGCAAACAGUAAGGGUUCCCAGGCAUGAAGUUGCCCACCAACCAAGGCUCUCUGCUCUCCACAAAGCUGCAUGCACUCCUGCUAGGAUAGCCUUAUUUACACUGCUACAUUCCCACUGAGUGAACUAUAUUAAUAUAGAUGAACGGAAGGCAUGAAUAUUUGAUGGCCUACAGUGUUUUGGGUUGUUGCUCUGCUGGAGAGGAGCCAGCUGAUCCAGAUCAUUCAGAAGUCAUCGUUGCUCUUAGCAGAUCACCCACAUGUAGCCACGCACACACACACAAAAUGAGUGGCUUACAGUACAAAGAGUGGAUAAACAAAAAAACAGAGUGGAUCGGUCUCAGGACUCAUUUCAGAUCUUCCACUGGUCAUGAAUAAUUAAUUUCUCCAUUAUACUGACUAUAUUUGGUGUAUGUGAGUGUUCAACAGAGAUUGGUGUUUUUGUGCAGUGUAAAUGUGUUUCUCUGUACAGUACGUGUAAGGCCUGUUUACUUGGUGGGAAUACAUUUUCUAUGUGUACAUUGGGAUGACCCUUGAGUGGUUGCCAUAUAUUGCAUACGUUGUCCAUAUAUGGUGUUUGUAUUUCUUGUGUGAGUUCAUAUGGUCAUUGUGCAUGCCUGUGUGUGUGUCCACUCAGGGGGGUACCGAAGGCAUGGACGUGGGCCCACUUUGGCCAGGGCUCUGGGCCCAUCCUCCUGGACGGGGUGCAGUGUACAGGCAACGAGCUCUCCCUGGAGGAGUGUCCCCACAACAACUGGCAACAACAUAACUGUGACCACAUGGAGGAUGCUGGAGUGUCCUGUAACCCAUAUACAGGUCAGAAGUCAGGACAGGGCAGGAACGCUAUGUGUAUGUAAACACCCAGAACAUACACAUAUUUGUAUGCAAAACACAUGCAUGUCUCAUAUACUCUGUCUCAUACACUCUGUCUCAUACACUCUGUCUCAUACACUCUGUCUCAUACACUCUGUCUCACACACACACCGUGUUGCAGAUGGUGUAGUGCGGCUGGUGGGGUCUGACAGUCCCUGGGAAGGUCGUCUGGAGGUGUACCACUCUGGGGACUGGGGUACGGUGUGUGACGACAACUGGACUGAGCACCACGCACAGGUGGUCUGUAGACAGCUGGGCUUCAGGUGGGUCACCAGGAGUCCUUAAAUGUACAAAUACAAUCUGAACAUGGGAAUUAGGUGUAGCUGUAGUAGGAGUGUAGUGAUACUGUAGUAAUGGCAUGUUCUGUCCAGCAGAGGGCGUGCAGAGGUGGCAUCAGACGGGCUGUACGGGGAGGGCACAGGGCUGAUCCUGCUGGAUGAGGUGCAGUGUAAAGGCUCAGAGGGCACCCUGCUUGCCUGCGGGCACGCCGAGUGGGGGCGCCAUGACUGCUCCCACAGCGAGGACAUAGCGGUGCGCUGUGAGAGGGGGGGAGAGACCAAUGAGGUGCUAGGGCUGCCACGCAUCGCAGGUAGGCCAACUAACUGGACCCACUGAGUUCCUAUCCACAUAUCUCUGUUAGAUGUCUAUCUCUUCUGGUGAAUAUGGCAAAGGAAAAUUACAAUUCAAUAUUGUUAUUGUAAUACAUUGUGGUUCUCUGAUCUGGCCCCAGGCCCUCUGGUGCGACUGGUUGCUGGAGAGAGCCGGAAGGAGGGGCGUGUGGAGGUGUUUCUGAACGGCCAAUGGGGGAGCGUGUGUGAUGACGGCUGGAAUGACGUCAACGCUGCAGUGGUCUGCAGGCAGCUGGGAUUUGUGUAAAAUAUGGAUUCUCUCUGUUUCUCACAGUUACUGUAUCAUAUAUCCUUUCCCUCAUCUGCGGUAUACCUCAUACCUCAAAGUCAAGUAUGUGGUUAGACACCUGGCGUUUCCCUAUCUCUGAGUGAUCAACUCUUCCUUUAACUGCCAUUCAGGAGAUGAGGACAUUUUGGAAUAUUGAGAUUUACCUUCCCCGUGUCUCUUCCUCAGUGGGGUGUCGAAGGCUCGCUCCAUGGCAUAUUUUGGAGCGGGCAAGGGCCCAAUCUACCUGGACAAUGUGAGGUGCACAGGGGUUGAGGUGUCCCUGGGGGAGUGUCCGGCCGAGGGAGAGGAUGCCCAUGACUGCAGACACAGCGAAGACGCAGGGGUCAUCUGUGACUAUGUCCCCGAGCCGGUGGGAGACGGCGCGAUAAUAACACAGACCUGCGGCAUGAGGCCAAACACACAGCGCCGCAGGAGGAGGAUAAUAGGAGGGGACAAGUCAAUUAGGUACACUGUAAACACACACACAAACAUGCACAGGCAUAUAGGAUGAUCUGACAAACACACACACACACACACACACACACACCCACACACACACAUAUGGUUAUAUUACUUUGUAUCACUGCAUAGAUACUGUACAUGUAAACACAUGCACAAGUCAAAUUAUCACAUCAUCAAAUCAACCAUGAUCUAUUUCUAUGUUCUCUCUCCUCCCCUGGUUGUGCUGUGGUAGGGGGGACUGGCCAUGGCAGGUGUCUCUGUGGCUCAAGUCCCAGUCCAAAGGGAACCAUCCACUGUGUGGAGCCACGCUCAUCAACUCCUGCUGGGUCCUGACUGCCGCACACUGCUUCAAGAGGUGGGACACAGAGACAUCUAGUGUCCAAUGAUGGAAUUGCAGGGACUACGUUAUAAAAAUGACGUGUGUUUAGCCUACAAUAAUGAUCUAUCAAGAAGCUUGUCUAUGUCAAUAAUUGUAUAAAAUCUUCUUAAUAAGAGAUUAAUGACAUGCCACUGAUAAGUGAAACUUUCUUGAGUCACUGUCUUGAUCUUUUCAGCUCAAAUGUGUUUUUCUUGGCAGGAGAUAAUCAGUCUUCUUUUCAGCUUGGCUUCAACUUCCUCAGACCUUGAUUUCCUGUCUCCUCUCCUUUUCCUCCUUUCUCUCUCUCUUCUCUCCCUGUCUCCUAGGUUUGGCAGGGACCCAUCUCGCUACGUGCUGCGACUGGGUGACUACCACACGGAGGAGAGGGAUGACUUUGAGCGCAGCCUGUCCCCGGAGCGCAUUACCAUCCACAGGAAGUACCACAGCCAGGGCUGGGAGUAUGACAUCGCCCUGCUUAGGCUGAAGGGCACCGAGGGCAACUGUGUGGCCUUUAACCCUCAUACCAACUCAGCGUGCCUCCCUGCGCCUGGCAACAAGUGGGGCAAGAGGCCAGCCGCCUGUGUCAUCACAGGGUGGGGCAUCACAGGUACUGAACACGAGCCUCUCUGUUACGGAGAGUUUCUUGUGUGUUUACAUUGGAAUCAGCCAUUUGAUCUGCAUUGCAUUAUAUUUUAUAUGACAGAACAUUUCCAUUUAUUUUGGCUCCCUCUCUCUUAUCUCUCUGUUCAUCCCUCUCUCUCUCUCUCUCUUCUCUCUCUCUCUCUCUCUCUCUCAGACUCUGAAUACUCCCGUACUCUGCUGCAGGCCUGGGUUCCCCUGCUGCCCUCAUGGAAGUGUAAGAAGCGAUACGGCGAGCGCUACACCAGCCGCAUGCUGUGUGCGGGCAGCCUGUCAGACCGUCGGCGCGUGGACAGUUGCCAGGGUGACAGCGGUGGUCCCCUGGUGUGUCAGGGAGAGGGGGGCCGCUGGGUGCUGACGGGGGUAAUCUCCUGGGGUCAUGGCUGUGGUGACCCCUCCUUCCCUGGGGUGUACACGCGGGUCAGCAGGUUCCUGCGCUGGAUUGACCAGGUCACCAACAACCCUCCAAGGAUCUGACGCUGCCACUGUGCCAUUGGACAGCCAGUGUUAUCAUGACUUUGGGGUCGAGGGAGUGGUGGGGGGAUUAAAGGAGCAGUGACCGGUUAGAGAGGGUUACCACAUCCUGGUAUCUGCUCAUGAUCUCACCCAUAAAGUUGCACAUCCAGCAGAGCGCUUUUAAGUCACUUUUUUUUGCAUACACUUGGAGAGCCUGUAAAUGGCAUUGUGCAUUCUUGAUUGUGUGGAAUUACCACUUUGAUGAGAACAUUUAAUGCACCAAUGGUUCAAUUUUGAGAGCCAGACUGCAUAGGUGAAUGACAUUGCACUAGAAUGCAUGCCAUACUAUCACACUGCGACACCUGUGAAAGGCCAAUUAAUGGUGCCAAUGGGAGUAAGUCUAGUCAGAAGCGUUAGGUGGAGUAUCUUUAAGGUACAAUAUUGUACAUUUACAGUACAUACAGACAUGUGGCUUCUAAAUUAAUAUUGUUUCAUGAACAUUCCAGUUGUGCAUGCAUUAUAACUUAUACCUAUACUAAUGUGCUCCACUAUUGAUUGAAACAAUUGGCCAAAUUGGUCAGCGUACAGAUCGCUGGUUUAGACCAUAGGAGAGGCAUGAGUGGGCCUUUAUGAGGCUCUGUACAUGUUGCAAUGAUGACAUGGC